GAAGGGUAACUCAGACCAGGCUUUGAAAUCAUCUGAUUUAACUCAGCAGGACUUUUUAAAUUUUGCGUCUAUUACUCUAGCAGUCCUCUCUAAAUGCCAGAGGCAUUCGAUUUCAUGUCAGCAGAUGAGGCAAGAAUUGCCAAAACUAUAACUGGUUAGAAAUAGUUAUUUUGUAGGAUUUUGCACCAGAAGGGGGGAAAGCUUCAAAGCGCUUUGAGAUGAAAGAAGAAUUAAGUUGUGUUUUUAUCCAAAUGAAUUGUCAUCUUUAUAUGUAGGGGAAAUUAAACUGGUAAAUAUUUAUUUCAAGAAUCAUGACUCGGAAGCACUUGGAAGUUUAUUAGAGAAGUAAAUGUUUUACACUCAAGGACAGGACCUGCAUGUUUCUCUGUGGCUCUGGGUGUCUGAUGAAGACCAUUUUAGGUGACUGACCCUUAAGGGAAGGAAAUGCCCUAGUGAGACUGCAGCCACAGCCCUAUCGCCAGCACCAUGUCUACUGUACAAAGAAAAGGCAGCAGCCACCUGUUUAACAGUUCGUACACCUGUAAACUGAAGCUUCCAGAAGACCAGCGACCGCAAGAAAAAUCUGUCAUUGCUCAACCAGUAUUCGUUUUUGCAAAGAGAGAACACACUUUUAAGAGACCAGCAGAAGACACUGAAGCAGCAGAGCAUGAAUCCAGCGGUUUUCUAAGAAAGCGUGCACGGUCUUCAUCUUUUACUUUGCAUACGACAGAUCCUCAGUUCCAAGGAGCAUCCACCUUGUCCCAGAAUCGAAUGAGAUCAUCAUCCUUCACCAACCUCCUGACCUUCCCCCCUUCUGGGCCAGUGAAGAAAAACAAUGUUUUUAUGACAUCAACUCUUGUGCAAAGGAAUGUGGAUAUGAACAGUACAGAACAAGGUCCUGUGAAACAUUCCGAUCAUGUCCUAAGACCUGCUGUUUUGCAACCACCUCAAGCUCAAAGGUGUGAAAAACUAAGAAAAACAUUUGGACACAAUACCUUGGAAUCCUGCAAGACUAAGGAAAAAACAAAAAAUAAGAUUUCUGAGGGGAACUCCUCUUUGCUAAGUGAAAAUUUACCAAGUGCCAGAAUUUCAGUCCAGCUGACUACCAACCAGAAUUGUUUAGGUGCUACAUCAGUAGGAUGUCAAGCAAAGGAAGAUAAGUAUUCUUUUAAAAGCUGCAGUUCUGAUUUCGUGUUUGGAGAAAACAUGGUAGAAAGAGUUUUGGAUACUCAACAUCUUACCCACCCUCAACUUGAAAAUGACUUAUACACUAAGGAAAAACCCUUCAAAUCCACUCUAGAAUUUCCUGCCAACUCUCCAAAUUCAAGCACAGACUCUGUUAAAAAUAUAUCCUUAAUUGAAUCAGCUGCUGCUUUCUCUUCUACACCAUCUCCCAAAUGCUUGCUAGAGAAAAUUGAUGUUGUAACAGGGGAAGAAGCAGAGCAUAAUGUAUUAAAGAUCAACUGCAAGCUUUUUAUAUUCAACAAAACAACACAGUCCUGGACUGAAAGGGGCAGAGGAACUUUGAGGCUGAAUGACACAGCAAGCAGUGACUGUGGAACAUUCCAGUCAAGACUAAUUAUGCGCAAUCAAGGCAGCCUGAGGCUGAUUCUCAAUAGCAAACUCUGGGCUCAAAUGGAGAUCCAAAGAGCGAACCACAAAAAUUUGCGAAUAACAGCUACUGAUUUAGAAGACUAUAGCAUCAAAGUGUUUUUAAUUCAGGCCAGCGCCAAAGACAUAGGAUGUCUGUACGCAGCAAUACAUCACCGGCUCCUUGCCCUUCGGAGCUUCAAUAAACAGAAAGAUGUAAAUCAAGCUGAAAGCCAGUCAGAAUCAAUCCUGCAACAAUUAAACUGCGAGAGCUGUGAUGAGGAUGAGGAUGAUUUCCUCCAAGUCACUAAAAAUAGAUCAGAUCCUUCUAGGUGGACUCACAGACAGUCCGUUGCCUGUUCAUGAGCGCCAUCUACCAUAAACGUGACAACAUCUACAAAAGGAUUGGUCACCUUACUGAAAAUACUAAGCCAUCCUAACAAAAUGAGAAGAUCCUAUUAAUUCCUUGAAGAAUUUUUAUAGCAAAGUUCAUGAAAGAUAAUUUGUUGCAAUUAAGAUUUUUCUCUUAUAUAGUUUAGUAAUUGCAAGAUUUUACAUUUUUGUUUAUUGUGGAGAAAAUGACAGAAUUGAAGAAAUACACGGACUUUGGAAGUUCAAAAUUUAUCAUUUUUGAAGAAGCUAAUUUAGAAUAGGAUUUGAUAACUAAUUUGGACUAUUCAUCACAUUGGUGGAUAUAAUAGUUAAAAUAAAUUGCUGUAUUUGAUAAAUGUUUAAGUAAAAUGUUUUUCAGUCAUACAUUGUCUGGUCAUAAAACAAAUAUUUUACAAGAUUUCUAGUCAUUUCUUCCAAAACAGUAUAACUGCAUACUAACAUUUCAUUAAGUCAUGUUUCUCUUCUGGGAAAUGUGUAUUUUCAUGUAACCUUUAGAUUUACUAAUAUGUUAAGAUUAUAUAUUCAUGGUAUCAAUUCCUUUAAAGAUAGUAUUGUUCUUGGACUUGUAUCCAUUGCACCUUGUAUAUGCUUGACAACAGUCCAGCAUCCAAUAGUUGUGGAAGGGAUGAACAAAAUAUUAACUAUGUAACAAAACAGUAAGUAUAUAAGAAGUAAACUAUGUUAACUUGUUCUUUGCUUUAUGUAAUUAAAUUGUCAUUAAUAGUCUAAUGGGUAUAGCCGUAUAGAGACCUUUAAAAAAAAAAAACAAAUAUAUUCAUAUAUACCCAAAUGAAAUUUGUUCUUAAAUGCUGUUACUGUGGUGGACUAUAGUAACUUCAACAGUUGUGCAACAAAGUUCUGAUGCUCCUCUUUUGAGAUUUGUCUCAGAGACACUUUAUGAGUUACACACAAAAAUUAGGGCUUCUAGCCAUAUUUCAUUUUUCAAUCCAGUUUGAUCACCCUAUGACUUCAAAAUGACUUUUGAUCAUGAUUUCUAAAUAUUCCCUUAUUAGAAGCAUCUUAGUUUUCUCAGGGUGCCCUAACGAAAUACCACACUGUGCAGCUUCAACAAUAUAAGUUUAUUUCUCACAGUUCUAGAAGCUGAGAAGUUGAAGAUGAAAGGGUUAACAUAAUAGGCUUAUUCUGAGGCCUCGGCUCUUGGUUGUAGGCUGCUGUCAUUGCCUCCAGGGCUCACAGGACCUCUUCGUGGGAGCACAGGCAGGGAGAGAGCAAGCUCCCUAAUGUCUCUUCCCAUAAGAGCACUAAUCCCAUUAGACGGGAGCCCUGCCCCCAUAAAUUUAUCUAACCCUAAUUACCCCCCAAAGCCCAUCUCCAAAUUCCAUCAUAUUGGGGGUUAGGGCUUCAACA